AGAAGACCAGGAUAAUUAAAAAGAGAGAGAAGAAAUUUUCAUCUAGGUAAAAAAAAAAAAAAAACAUAUCGGGAAAAAUCAUCGUUUUCGCUAAGAGAAGGAAAAGUUUCUCUUUUUUUUCUUCCGAACGAAUGAUCACAAUUUCUAUAUCCUUCGUGGAACAAAAAAAUUGUGCAAGCUCUCUCGUUUCUUACGAAAAUAUUUCUUUACUUAAGUAAUUGUAAUAAUAAUAAUAAUAAUAAUAAUAAUAAUAAUUGUAAUCAUUAUCAUCAUCGUAAAGUUCGAAAGACAAAAGAACGGAAGAGCCUAAGAGAGAUACGUAUCAUCUUCCAUACAUAAAUCGUUAAGCGAAUUUCGAUUACCAUUUACGAAUAAAAAUCCUCUUUGCCGAUUGGCUGAUUUAUUUGUCCUACUGUUUGACGUAGCAUAAAAAGAGUAUAUUAAAUGAAUUAUUAAUAAAUUCAUGUUCACGAAGUAUACAAUUUAAAGAUUCAUAUUUGGUUGUGGAAAUAAAGUCAAAUAAAUUCGAUUAUGUUAAUUAAACGAUCGGACACGAUGAUCUUAUCGAUUUGAAAACAUUCGAAAUAAUGAGUACGAAAGAAGAAUCGAUCGAGCCAAAAUGGUACAUGAAAUUUUUCGAAUUUUGGAAAAAUCGUAAUAGAAUUGGUCCGGCUAAGGUCGAAUUAACGGAUUGUGAUUUCUUCAUCGUAGGACCACGUAGAACGUUGAGAGUAUUAAAGCCAAGUUUAAAGGGCGAAUGGUAUUACGAAAAUACUAAUGACAAUAGAUCCGAAACGAUAAAUGAUAAUUUUUUUGCUCGCUGGUCGAAAAGACCUCAUUCUUCUAACAACUGCAGAUGUUCUUUCCGACAAUCAAGCAGAUUGAGUACCAACGACGAAGAAAUUAUUUCGACGGAAUUAAAUCGUAUAAGAAAUAGUCUUCACGAAGGUUUAGAAAAAUCGGCGAAGGAUAUCGAAGAACUGGAACAAAGGGUAUCGGCUAAUCUUCAAAAAUUACAAAUACCCGACGUAAAACACGAUAAUAAUAAUGAAAGAAAAACAAAGGAUGAAAUUGAAUCAGAUCCUUCGAGAAGUUUACCUUUAACACCAUCGACGAACGAAGAAAUCAAAGAUAAAAAUAAAAUAGUCAAGGAUCUCGAAAGGUAUAUCAACGUUUUGCUCGAAGAAAUAUUAGACGAUACGGUUAACUAUGUUACCAAUUUAAAUGAAAAUGUUACAAAUGUUAAAUUCAAUGCGGAUGAGGAGAACAGAUUGAGAAUAGUUCGUCAGGACGAAUUGACAUCGAAAAAUAAUCCAAAGAAAAAAGAAAUAUUCAAUGAAAUUAAUUUUUCCUUUCAUACUGAUAAUCAGAACAUUCGACAAGAGAAUGAAAAUACGACCGUGGAAACAACGGGCUGCGGUGGAUAUUUAAAUCAUGCUUUUCUUGGUUCGGCACACGAUCCCGAUUGUAGCGAUUAUUAUAUACUUAAUUCUAAUGAGGUCAUUUUAGAACAAUUAGAUUGCAUAGAUUCUGGUAUAAAUAGUGUUGAAACGAUUGAAUUUCAACCUGAUCAAGAACCAAGUCUCGAACAAUCUCUCUUAAGAAUAAUCGAUGAAAAAUUAGGUAGAACUCCAUUGAAAACUAGUUGGGAAGAUUUGAGAACUAACAACGAUGAAAAACGUAACGAGUCUUCUCAAAAAAUUAAUGAAAAUAAUGAAGAAAAUAAAUUAAGUAAGUUAAAUGAUGUAGUUGUAAUGAAUGAAAAUGAUACAAAGGAUGAAGAAAUCGUAAUGGAUAUCAAACAAUUAGAGAGUUCGAUCGACGAUCCGAAAUUUGAAAAUGUACGAUUAGAAUUAGAAAACGAGAAUGUGGAAACUCCUGAUAAAAAAGAUAAAACGAUGGGAACGAAAUUUUGUGCAAGGUUUCGUAUGAAUAUUGAAAGAAGAUCUAAACGUAAUGACGAUAAAAAAAUAGAAACGAUUAAUAUUAGAAAAGAAACAACGACGCCUUUGGAGAUGGAGGAUUAUAGAAAAAAUUGGCCUAACUUGGACGAAUCAACGAUAUUGUCCAAUUGCGAACAAAAUCCGCACGAUUUUGUUGUAUUCCGAAGAAAUUGUAAACCAACGUUGGUUUUUUUACAUGGGUUUGGUUCAUCGGCAGAUAUUUUCGAACAUCAAUUGGAAUAUUUUUCAGCUAUGGGUUAUCCUUGCAUUGCUCCUGAUCUUUUAGGACAUGGUAUGAGCUCAGCGCCUGAUCGGUCGAAGGAUUAUCUCUUUAACAAGUUAUUGAAAGAUCUGGAGACGGUACUACAUUAUUACGCUUUUAAACCAGGUCAAAAAUGUAUCCUGAUAGCACAUAAUUACGGAUGCAGUUUUGCAACAGCAUUGGCUUGCAAAUACGAUAGCAAUAUUCAUCAACUUGUUCUAAUAUCCGGUGGUGGACCAACGCCAUUGGCACCGCCUACGAAAGAAGGUGCUGGACGAUGCUUUCUAAGAGCUAUUUUGUCACCACUUUUGAUGUGCGGCCUUCAUAGAGAUAUACUCUAUUCCGCAAGAGGUCGUCAACAUCCUUAUUGUGGUCCUGAACCAAUCGAACAAUGGCCAUCUCAUAUGAAAUACGUUUUGAAUGGGAUGGCUUGGCCUGAAGGAGAUUACGUUUUCCAUAGAAGAAUUUUUACGCCUUCUCUUCUUAUACAUGGAUUGAAGGAUAACAAAGUAUCGCUUGUACAAGAGUGUCAAAUGGAAAGGACUAUGGUAAAAGCUUUUCUCGAAGCUAUUCCAAGUGCGGGGCACACACCUAUGACGGAUUGUCCUGAUCAACUGAAUCAUAUGAUACAUUGUUUCAUAGAUUUGUGGAAGAAUAAGAACUGGUAGCAAUAUUAGUAUUUCGAUAUUGUUCAUUCCAGAUGAAAAAAUGUAAUCUCGAAUAAGCAAUGAUCGACACCGAAAUAUCAAGUUCUUUUUACGGGUAUUAAAACUCGUAGUUAGUUAAACAAAUUAGAUAAAUGAUAUUAAUAGUCCUCUUUCUUAUAUUUUUUUUUUUCUAUUAAAUUUUUAAAGUGUACAUA